GUGAUUUCCUUGCUGGUCAGUCCGUCGCUCAACGCUUGCAAGCUACAGGAACGUGGGUUUUGUAUAAAGAAGGCAUAUCAAAAAAACUUAUCCGGUUAAAUUUCAUUCCACUGUCUUUGUCUUAAACAUUUGGUGUGUGUCUGCAUAACAAAGAUUCAAAAUGGGCGAACGGAUAGAGAAGGUUGGAAACUUAACUGUUAUCAUUGAGGGAGAGGAAGGCAAGGAAGAUAUUAAGUCGAAAGAAAUAAAUAUCUUGUUGACCUUCCAUGACAUCGGUUUAAAUCAUAAGACAUGCUUUGACAAAUUUUUGAACCAUGAGGACAUGAAACAACUGCAUGACCGAUUUAUUGUGUAUCACAUUCUGGCACCUGGUCAGGAACCAGGUGCAGAGAAAUUUUCUGAUGGAUAUCAAUAUCCGAGCAUGGAUAACUUGGCAGAAAGUGUUGCCAGUGUUGUUGAACACUUUGGGCUUACAGAUGUUGUUGGCUUUGGUGUGGGUGCUGGUGCAAACAUUUUAGCAAGAUAUGCUUUGAAGCAUCCAUCCAAGCCGCUCGGCCUCAUUCUUGUUGAACCAUCUGCUGGGAAAGCCCCAUUGCUGGAGAAAGCAGAGGAAAAGCUCCGCUCCUGGCAGUUGGAAACCAGUGGAUUCAGUGAACAAGUCAACCACUACUUUGUCCACCAUCAUUUUGGAAAGAAACAUGGCAAGCCAGAUAUGGCCUCCGUUGAUGAGUACAUCAAGACUCUCACGGACUCCUUCAAUCCUCAUAACUUGGCACUAUUUGUUCAUGCGUACAUGCAGCGAAGUGACAUUACGCAUGAAAUAAAGAACAUUGAGUGUCCAGUUCUUGUUAUCAAUGGCGAUCUAUCCCCCCACCACAAGGACUCGGAGAAAUUCUUCAGUCAUCUCAACAAGCGUACGUGCAAUAUUUUGAGACUGGAUGAUUGCGGUUCAGAUCCACUGGACGAGAAGCCUUUGAAAUCAGCAGAAGGAGUGCUGUUGUUCAUUCAAGGAUUGGGACUUGUGCCAACCCUACGAACCCGUUCGAUGUCCGGAACAUCUCUUGGUUCUGGUAAGUCGGAUGACGAAGACGGAGCAACCAAGGAACAAACCGUACAAGCUUAAAAAAACUAUUUAUGAUCAUGUGAAAAGCACUUGAGAAAUUUGAUUGCUUCGUAUUUUA